AUGGCAUCUCAAGAAUUGAAUAAACAAGACGCAUCGGGAGCUCGAACCCCCCCAACUUCCAAUGAGCUUCAGGAAGCAUUCGGCAUCGAGGUGUAUGAUCGUGAUGGGGAGAGGCGACCGCUCGGUGACAUCAUACGGGGCAAGAGAUCUAUUCUGAUCUUCACGAGACACUUCUGGUGCUUGAACUGCCAAGUGUAUGUACGUAUCAUCAGCGAAAAAAUACCGCCGUCCAUUUUGCCUGCAGACACUCAGAUUUUCAUCAUCAGUAAUGGCUCGUACCAGCCUAUCGACACGUACGCGAGCACUACCUCGUCCGUAUAUCCCAUCUAUACGGAUCCUACGUGCCAACUUCACCAAAUUUUGAAGUUCAAGUCCACACUUAAAGAGCAAGGACCUGGCGAAGAGACAAAGGACUAUAUGCAGGGCGCGGGCACGGCCAUGGGUAGAAUCUUUGGCGGCAUCAAGGUUGCACUUGGUGAUAUCAAGAACACGCCGUAUAUUGGACCCAAGGCGCAAAAUGGCGGUGAAGUGAUCAUCGCAGCUGAUGGUACCUGCGAGUACAUGUAUCGCAUGCAGAAUACUGUUGAUCACACAAGCGUUGCGGAGCUGAUGAGGAUCAUCGGAGCAACCCCCGCUGCAGAUGCUGGGACCCAUAGCAGUGUUCGAACGGAUCUAUCGUAG